AUGCACUUCCCAAGAAAAGCAUACACCAUCAAGAUCCUCCAUCAUCCACCAUUCACAUUAGAGAACAACACAUCAAAGGCAAGCAAACAUUAUCCAACACGAAUAAACUAUGAAGAUCUUCCUCACGCUUGCCUUUCUUGCCUCCAUCGCUACCAUCGCCAUAGUCCCCAAUUGCAACCACAAAAAUCAUUUUCACAACAACCACAACAACCCUUUCCACAACCGCAACAACAACCAUUUCAAGAGGAGCAAUCAACUCCGCAACAACAGCCAUUUCCAGCACAACAGAUACCAUUUAGGCAACAACAAUUUCCACAACAACCACCAUAUCCCCAACCGCAACAGCCAUCCUACCCCCAACCGCAACAUCCAUUUCCACAUCAACAUGAACACCUAGUUCAGGAACAACAACCAUUUGUACAACAACAACCGAACCCAUGUAGGGAUGUCCUCCUACAACAGUGCCGUCCAGUGGCAGUUGUGUCAUUUCUCCGGUCACAGAUGGUACAACAAAGCAGAUGCCAGGUGUUGAGGCAGCAGUGCUGUCAGGAACUAUCACAUACCCCCAAGCGAGCACAAUGCCAUGCCAUCCACAACGUUGUGCGCGCCAUUAUUUUGCAACAACGACAACAACAAUUGGUAGAAGGUACUUUGGCCCAACCACAACAACUACUACUAGGUCAAGGUUCCAUCCAACGUCAACAACAUCAGUUGAAUCAGGGUUGGAUCGAUGCAAUAAGGACAUGGGUGCUCCAGACCCUACCGACAAUGUGCGACCUCCGCGUACCAUCAUACUGCUCCCCCACCACAUCACCGUAGUAACAUCGCUAUACUAACAUGAGUGGCUAAUGAGAAAAGAGAUCUAGUACUCGAUAGAUGGACUGCCAUUGUUUAGUCGAUGGUCCGAUCCAUGUAGCGGCGACAAAUUAAUAAAAUACAAGAUAUUUAUUUUUUGUUGCAUAUAUACUAUUUGUCAGUGUUCCGUUCAUGCACAUGUUGAGUUGUUCAUACGAAAAACAAUGUUAUGCAUUACUUAGCUUUGUAUGUAGCGCAUUUUUAAAAAUUGGAGCAAGCUGAAUCUCUAUUAAGGUAAACUCUUUAAUGGUGAGCCUUCUGGAUUUUGACCUUCAAUGUGGUCCAUGUAAGAUUAUUUUUAAUGUUGGCAGGAGAGAUGCCAAACUCAUUGAUUAGAAAAGGGUAUUACCAGUAACACCCCAAAGGAGAAAUGCACCGCAUAAAGCCAAGUGCCAAAAAAAGAAGGAAUGAAAAAGGACUGCUCAAAAUAUCAAGGAAAUCCAGGCAGAAACCUAAACAACGCCUAGCUAGACUAGACCUAAAGCACCACAAAA